AGCCACAAGGCUGCUAACUUGGUCAAUGUUGAAUAUUGGCAGAAAAACAGAAAACAUAAAACGAGUAUUCGAGCAUUUGAAGGCAUUUGUAAACACAGAAAGAGAGACAGGUCUACCGCCGGCUCAGUGAGUUGUUAACCCAAGAACGUGACGGUCGAUUGAUCGAGCAGGUGUAGCAGCAGGUGAAUGACUAACCAUUGGAUUUCCCAUGAUGCCAGCGGCUACCAAAUGGCAGUGGUUCCUGCUCCUUAGCCUUUUCCUACUGAUGCUGCUACUGAUCCCGCAGGAAACCGGCGCGGCCUCCAAGCGAGUAAAACUAUGCCUUCAGCCGACAAUCAGUGGGCGGUGCUUUGGCCAUGUGGAGAGCUUCGCCUACAAUCCCCUCAAGCGGCACUGCGAGCCCUUCAUCUACGGCGGAUGUGGCGGCAACGAUAAUCGCUUCACCACCAAAGCCGAGUGCGAGUUUAACUGUCGUGAUAUUUGAAAAUGUCAACGGCUUGAAAACUUAUAUGUAUAUAGUAGUACCAGGCAAAAAUUGUAAAGCUUCUAUGUCGUAU